GGGGGCUUCGGCAUGGAAAGCAGGUAUUUCGCGCGGUGAAACCAGCUGCCACCACUGUAGCGUUUUUGGAGUUGAAAUCGGUUCAGCCUUAUUGAUACCUCAACGGGAAAUUUUAGUUACCACUUGUUUCUGAAGAUGUUGCGAUCAGCGUGGAUUGUUUUGGUAGUGAUUGGUGUGUCUUUCGAGUGCUUCGCCAUAUCCGGCCGAGUUUUGGAUCGGUUCAAAGCGCGCGUGGAUGAACGGAUCGUUCGUCGGUAUCGGAUCCGGGAAUGGAAUGCACAAACCAGACUCGGUAGCACUCCAAACCAGAUGACCCAGCAGGAUACUGGUGGUGUGACAGCGAACAACAAUGCUACCGCCGAUAAUCACAUCCACCAGGAGGGCGGACCAAUAAUGGACGAGGAACAUUCCAAAAUGGAAGUCAGUGAAAGUGAUCUUAUCAGCGCGGGUUUGGGACAGCGACGGUUUCAAGAGGCGAAUAAAAUAUUUGAGAGGAAUGUCUUAUUCCGGUUCUAUCAGAGCGGCAACUUGACGAAAACAACGACCGUUGGCGAAAAUCCGUUGCUCUCCGGGACCAAUUGCUCGACGACAGAAAAGUUUUCCAUAAUCGCUCACGGAUGGCACGAGAACUGCUACGAGACGUUCUGGAUUGGUGAUCUGGAAGAGAAUCUACGGGUUCACCGCGGGGGCUGCGUGAUUUGUAUGGACUACUCUACCUUCUCCAGCGGGGGCUAUCCGUAUCUGUUCAAACGUUUCAACAACUUAAGUGGGGUGCUCCUGAAAUUUCUUCGAUCACUGCAGUAUGAAGGGAUGCAGUUCGAAAACCUGUACAUGUUUGGUUUCAGCUUCGGAGCCCAGCUGGUGCUGGAUGCUGGCAAUCAGAUAGGCUUCAACGUAAUUGAAGAAAUCGAUACCUGUGAUAUGGCGGGCCCAGGUUUUGACCAGGACCGAUUCUUCAAGGGGAUCAACUUCCGGAAUGCGGCACAGAAUGUGCAGUGCAUCCAUACGAGCACCGACAAGGGUACCAAGCUGAUGAACAAAUGCCACCAAGACUGGCGGAUGGGCCAGUGUGGAUUCAAACAACCGGCGGCGGGAAAACCGCCCUUGGGCUCGCACGGACUUUGUCCGGUGUUCUACAACUUGGCAUUCAGCGAAGGGUUUUACGCCGAACCAAGACCGUCCACCUGUGAGAUCGUGAAGGACCGUGAGACAGAUUACCCAACUGGGUUCAGGAUGGGGUAUAUGGAGAAGCGAAAAAGGAAAGUACAGGGCGAACUGUACGCCCAAACAACGGAUGUCUACCCCUACACCAACAGCUUUGACCAACUAUGGCUGAAUGAUUGAAUGAGUGUCAUUCACGCAACCCCAUCCAGUACAAUUGUGAUAGUUUUGUUGUUUGUAGUAAAUAACAUGAAUUAAUGUUCGUUUCUCAUUUCGGCACCUGCCGAGUAAUAUAACAUACCGUUGCCAUAGUUGUCUGACCGAUUGACUCACAAGUUGUAACAAUGUGUUUAUUUUGACUAGGGAACUUCCGUAUAGAUGCUUUUCUUAAAUUUUAUUGGAUUCUAACCAG